AUGUUGAACGACUGUCUCGAAGUGUUUCCAUCUCUCUCACUUGAAGUCUCCGUUUUGCAUCAUAUGUACGCAAAUCCAUAUUCGUUUUUCAUCGUUCAUGGUGAAUUAGUGCUUCCCGUAGAUUGUCAAGCUCGAGAAAAGGGAUUAAAUGAUUAUUGCAACGUACAAGUAAAUCAAAAACUUAUGAAAGGCAAACAAGCUUUUUGCUGA